AUGAUGAGAACACCAAGCAAUGAUGAAAGUGGUAUAAAGAAAGGUCCAUGGAGUCCAGAAGAAGAUAAAAUAUUAGUUGAUUAUAUUCAGAAACAUGGCCAUGGAAGUUGGAGAGCUCUUCCAAAACUUGCAGGAUUGAAUAGAUGUGGAAAGAGUUGUAGACUAAGAUGGAAUAAUUAUCUGAGGCCUGAUAUUAGAAGAGGAAAAUUCUCUGAUGAAGAAGAGAGCCUCAUUAUCAAUUUACAUUCAGUGCUUGGAAAUAAGUGGGCAGCUAUAGCAACACAUCUUCCAGGAAGGACUGAUAAUGAAAUAAAGAAUUUUUGGAACACACAUUUGAAGAAAAAGCUAAUGCAAAUGGGGUUAGAUCCAGUGACACACAGGCCAAGAACAGAUCACCUAUACCUUCUUACCAAUCUUCAACAAAUAAUAUUGAAUGCUGCAAAUAUUGUCACUAAUUGUGACAUAAAUAAUGUUCUAAGGUUACAACAAUAUCCACAGCUUCCACAACGUUUGAUAAAUGAUGUUUUGGGAUUUAAUCAUAACAUUCAAAAUUUCUAUGAUGGUUCCAAUGUUGGCUUUUCUUCUCAAUUAAUUCACCCUAAUAAUUUGCAAAAUUUUCAAGCCCCUAUUCAGCAAGUUUUACCACAAGAAGGUGGGUACUUUCAGAAAUUUGAUGAACAAAUCGGUGGUAAUACAAAUGUUUCAUCCACAAUAUCAUCAUCAAAUUCGCUUCCAAAGUUAGUAUCGGUCUCUACUCAAAGUUCGUUAUCAGGUAAGGUGAACGAAGAAAAUAUAAUAAAUGAAAAAGAUCCGAGUUAUAACAUUUCUUCAUCUAGCUUUGAAAUAUGGGGAGAUUUUAUGAAUGAAGAUGCAAAUGAUGCUUACUGGAAAGAUUUCAUAGAGUAA